UCUUUUAGCUCCUGCGACGCCGCUUCGUCGUGCCGCAGCGGAGACACUCGACCUUUCCGGCUCGCCUGGCUCGUUUCAGCUGCUUUAAUGUCGGCCGCCGGAUGCUGGUAGUUUAUCAUGACACACGUUAUUUGAAAGGUUCGUUAUUUUCAGGUGUACUCUGCGUUUUUUUCCGACCGGACCGGACCGGACCGGGUUAACAAUACGAGCUAAACAGCUGAAUCAGUUGGCGGUGAGUUAUUUGUUCUAGCAGCAGAGAUGGAGGACAAAUCUUUCACUAAAGAGUUGGACCAGUGGAUCGAGCAGCUGAAUGAGUGCAAGCAGCUAACAGAGAACCAGGUCCGGACUCUGUGUGAGAAGGCAAAAGAGAUUCUGACCAAAGAGUCCAACGUUCAGGAGGUGCGAUGCCCGGUGACGGUGUGCGGAGACGUCCACGGUCAGUUCCACGACCUGAUGGAGCUCUUUAAGAUCGGAGGCAAGUCUCCCGACACCAACUACCUGUUCAUGGGCGACUACGUGGACAGAGGCUACUACUCUGUGGAGACGGUCACGCUGCUCGUCACGCUAAAGGUUCGUUUCCCGGAGCGAAUCACCAUCCUGCGAGGGAACCACGAGUCGCGGCAGAUCACACAGGUUUACGGUUUCUACGACGAGUGCCUGAGGAAAUACGGGAACGCCAACGUGUGGAAGUACUUCACAGACCUGUUCGACUACCUGCCGCUCACCGCGCUGGUGGAUGGACAGAUCUUCUGUCUCCACGGAGGACUGUCUCCCUCCAUAGACACCCUGGAUCACAUACGAGCCCUGGACCGCCUGCAGGAGGUCCCACACGAGGGCCCCAUGUGUGACCUGCUGUGGUCCGACCCUGACGACCGCGGUGGGUGGGGCAUCUCCCCCCGAGGCGCCGGCUACACCUUCGGACAGGACAUCUCUGAAACCUUCAACCACGCCAACGGCCUGACGCUGGUGUCCCGCGCCCAUCAGCUGGUCAUGGAGGGCUACAACUGGGGCCACGACAAGAACGUGGUGACCAUCUUCAGCGCUCCGAACUACUGCUACCGCUGUGGCAACCAGGCGGCCAUCAUGGAGCUGGACGACACUCUGAAGUACUCUUUCCUGCAGUUUGACCCCGCCCCUCGCCGCGGUGAGCCUCACGUGACCAGACGCACUCCUGACUACUUCCUGUGAAUGUCCCGCCCCGUCCCUGUCAGUCACCCACCAAGCUCCGCCCCCUCCCUCACAUCACCGCCCUCUUCCUUCUCAUUUUGGACGGAGAGCAGUUAUUAAUAUUGAUGAUGAUGUUUCUGUCCCGGGGAGACAAACGAUUGGCUGAAUUUAAGAUUUAAUGAAACUAAGCAGCGUCCUCUCUACAGUCGUGUUGUCGAUAUGCUGUCAUUAAUUAAUGCUGUGCUUCUGGGAAAACGACACGUAAACUGUCAUCUGUUCUAGGUUUUCUUUUUCUUUCUUACAUGUCUGAAAAAAAAAGAUAAUAAAACUACCGACGUGGACCAAAUGUGCCAUACUCUGAUCCUUUUAUGACGAGCAAGGUUUUCUGUUACCUUUGUUUUAUUUUCUAGACCGCACUCUAAUCCAAACAGUCACCACACAUCUGAUGGCAAAUGUGCUUUUCUUUUCUUUUCAUUUUUCUUUUUUUGUUGCAAAACAGUUUAAAAAAUAGGAUAAAGAGUUUGCUUCAAGUAGUCCAGCUGUCAGUUUUAGGUGUCCAGGCUGCAGCCGGGGGUCAUCUCAGCAAGUAUAUUACUGUAAUUUGAACAAAGACAACAAGACAUCUGAAAUAAAAUGUCCUCUUGACAAAAACACA